AUGACUAACCUCGUCCUGGGAUACCAAGCGAAAGAUUUGGUGUUCAGUUUUGGUCAAGAUAUGUGCAUUACCACAGAGUUUACAACUCUGGACAACGCCGAAAAACCACUCUUCCUUAAGGAUCUGAGAAGAGUUUGGAAGCAUUUAGGGACAUGUUCCAUUUGUGGGAAAAGAAAGUAUGAUAGGUCAAACCUUUGCUAG